AUGCUCAACGCAUGGCGCUUCGUCCCUUUUGUACGUCGUACGUCUGCCCUUGGCAGUGGCCUGCUCCGACCCAAUCGCGUACUACGGCAGAAGCGCCUCACCUUUCCCCCCUUCAGACCACCACCGACGUGGAACGCACUGCAGAAGGUGGUGGUCGGGCAUCGCGAGACCGACACGGGCGAGCCCACACUCGAUGGCACGUUGGACCUGGUCGGGUACCAGCUCUCCCGUGACGGCCUGCUGCCUCAGACAAACAUCUCAGGUCGCACGCUGCCAGCUCCAGAUACCAAUGGCAUCUCUGCGUCGACUCGCCGUAAGCUGGAGCGAGAGAGAGAUGCGGCUGUGGCGCAGAUAAAGAAACAUGGCGUGCGGCUGCGGCGCAGCAUCAAGGAAACGGCCCUGACGAUCGGAUGCGAUGAGGCGGGCAGAGGCCCACUUGCCGGCCCCGUAGUCGGCGCCGCCGUCUCGCGCAUUCCGGUCUCCAGCUUCAACAACGAGUUUGACCAGUUGUACGAGGCACCCGAGCAGUUUCAGAUUUUUGACAGCAAGUCCGUGUCAGAGCGGCAGCGCGAUCUCGUGUUUGCCAUGAUCACUGGACACGUCGACUUCUUUGACAUUGUGAGCUGCAAGAGGUUUGUCGUGCACCACUGCGCCGGUGAUGAGGCGCCAGCGUCGGUGCUGGGCAGUAAAAAGUUCGACUCCCACAUGAAGCUAUCGAAGCUGCCCUUUAAGAAGUUACUCUCUAUGCAAACGCCGUACCUGGUCACCUAUCACGGGUACAACAGUGCAGGCAACUAUGUGUACUUUUGGUCCAUCGGCAUCGCCAACCAUACCUACAUUGAUGAGUACAACAUCUACAACGCCUCCAUGAACACGAUGCACCGCUCUGCGCAGUCCAUCUGGCACAUGCUCAACGAUGCGCGUUUCUCGCACGAGACGGCGCCGCGGCCGCGCUCAUCCAGUAUCGUGCAGUACCUGUUCAGUCGAUUUUGCACCGCUGCAAACCACGACAACGACAAGCGCUAUCAGGUGCCGCAUAAACUGGACCUUUUGAAAGGGGCCACGGACUACUUUGACUUCGAGCCAAUACAACCUCCGCUAGUCCUCAUCGACGGCCACGCCGUACCGGGCCCGAGCUACGACUACUUCACCAGCGUCAGUAUUGGUGGCGACGUUCAGCCCAUCAUCGAGGGUGAUAAGCGCAGCCUCUCAAUCGCCGCCGCGUCGUGCCUCGCCAAGGUCACCCGUGACGAGCUCAUGAAUUACAUCGGCGCCCUCUACCCGGGCUACGGCUUCGGGGAAAACAAGGGGUACCCAGUAGAGCAACACAUGAAGUACGUGGCCAAGAACGGACUGUGCCCGAUACACCGCAAGACGUAUCGUCCGUGCCGCGCAGCGCUGGAGAAGAGUCAGCAGAAGAAGUGA